AUGACCUGUUCUAAUGCCAUAAACAAACCACAUGUCAAAAAAGGUCCUGCACCAACAUCUGACGAAUUACCACUCGGUCAAAAUCAUAGACAUGAUACCACUGCCCCCAACCAUACAAUUGCUACUAGCACUGCUACCGCCAGACCUAGUAUUACAAUGUUGAUGGAUCAUAAAUUGACCUUAUUUGAAUCUGCACCUGUGGAAUUGUUAGAUAGGGAGUAUAGAGACUUUCUAAUGGCUAAGAACCAAUACAGCGAGCUGCACGCGAAUUGGAAGCGCGUCCGCGAAGACGAACCGGAAAACUUGGAGGGGUGGAUUCAGAAUAACAAGUCAAACACAGGAAAAGGAUUGGCAGAGUUGACUCCUUUAAGUGCUGCUCUGCUACAAACUGGCAUGUUGGCAGAACACUCUGAGAUGGGCGAAUCCUCCCAAAACUCUGCAACAGAUGGUAAAAAAAGCAGCAGUGGGAACUACAACCCCUGCUCAAGAAGUGCAACUAGAGCUUCAUCAUCAGGUCUUUCAACACCCACAAACAUACCAGAGAACGUGGAUAAAACAACAAGUGAAAAGGAAGAUGUCGAUUCGCUGAGUGUUGGCAGGAAACGUAAAUCAGUCUGCAGAGCAUCCAGAAGGAAGUUUAUCAGAGUAUCGGUAGUAGCUUUGACAGCAUUACUCGAUUCAGCAGACUGUCAACCAUCUUCUGGAACUACAGCAACCUCUCAAAAAGAAACUAGUCUACGAGGACAGCUCGAUCCCAAAGAUCUUCAAUUGUCAGAGACAGUGUUAGGCGAAGGGCAAUUGGGUAUCGUGCGAUUAGGGUUCUACCGAGGGCUUUAUGUUGCAUGCAAAUCAAAGCGACUGUUUACACGAAGCGAUGCGUUUCAUUCUCAAGCCAAACGAGAAAUGAUGUUUGCAGCCAAACUAGCAGCCUGUCGUUAUAUCAAUCGGUACAUUGGAUGGAUUUGCUGUCGUCGAGAAAUACUGGAACGAUCAUCUUUUUAUACAAAACAUAAGCCAACAUUGUAUAUAGUUCAACGCUACGUACUCAAUGGAGACGCGAGAAGCUAUUUAGAGAAACGAGAAAGCUCCUUUAAACCGCAAGAGGUGUUACAAGCGUCGAUCUGCUUAUUUGCAGCAUUAACAGAUGCUCAUACUUUGAAUAUCGGUAUCGUGGAUCUGAAAUUAGAAAACUUUUUAAUUGACUCGUCAGGAGCUGGAUGGCUGACUGAUUUCGGAUCAUGUAUUGAGUUUAAAGACGGUAACGAAAUUGCAGAUCUUGACAAAGAAGAAGUAGCAUGGACAGAGCAUGUCGCCCCACCUGAAAUGACGCAAAAACAUAUAUUCACCAAAGCAUCCGAUGUUUUUAUGGCCACCUUGAUUAUCGCAGAGUUAAUGACAGCAGACAUUAGCGAUGUGGAUUUUCAAGACAAAAUUCUUCAACGAAAUGCGAGAACCGGAAAGGUGGCAUUCUCUUCAACGCCCAUCAAUCCUGUAUACAGUGAUUUCUUUACGCUCUUGAAAAUGGGAUUAUGCAAUGACCCUAAUCAACGACCCACAGCCAAGGCAAUUCUGGAUUAUUUACUUUUGAUGAAAGAAUAA